AUGAGUUCCAUUUUUAGCAGACUAAAUCUCCUUACUUUUGUUCUGAUUGUGCCGAAGAAACAACUGACUGAUAUUGUAGCUUGGAAGAGAUUUGAAGUUAUUGAGGCAGCAUGUAUUAGGCUCUUGUUGCUAGAGGUAAAACAAACUGAAUUCUUCCAAGAUUUUGCCAAAAAACAAGGUCCUAAUCCUGAAAUGACCAAUAUGUCCCAAACCCAAACCCAAACCCAAAAUGAUCUUUGAUUUUGGUGUUAUGUUUGUAAAAUAACCUUUUUUUUGUUUGUUUCUUAUUAUAACAUUCCCUAAACGACCAAUAUACUCGUAGACACACCCAAAAUGACCAAGUUCCUGUUUUUUUUCUUAUAAUAGCAUUGCGGUUUUGUAUUUUGGUAGUAAGUUCUUGUGAGAA